AUGCGCCAGAUGCGGUCCGGUGUUAUUGUUCGAGUCUCCACCAACACAGCUGAAAUGGAAGAGAUGAUCAACGAACUCAAUGUGGAGGGUCUGAAGAUUGGAUUGGAAAUGAAUAUGUCCAAAACGCAAAUGAUGGUGAACCAGUGGAGUGAUAUGGGAGAAAUAAUGAAUGAGUCUACGGCAUAUCAACACCAAAAACAGUUGGCACUGGAGCCGAGUCUAUGA